AUGCGUGGAAUUCGUGAGAAUAUUGUAGCGGCAGUUACCGGGCCUGCCAUUUACAUAGUUAUUGUUUCUAAAUAUGAUCUAACUAAUAGUGAAAAAAGUAUAAUAAAAACAUGUCAACCACAAUUUGGUGAAUUGAAAGAAAUAGAACGAGAUUCACCAUCAUUUUGUAGUGCUGGUCCUAUUGGUGAGGAUAUAUAUCAAUGGCAAGCCACGCUUCUGGGACCUGUAAAUUUCACAACUAAAAUUUAUCAUCCAAAUAUUAACAAUAACGGUGAAAUAUGUUUAGAUGUUCUAAAAGAUCAAUGGUCACCUAGUUAUAAUAUCGUUAAAGAUGAACCACUUAUGCCUGAAAUUGCUCAUAUUUAUAAAACCGAUCGUACACGUUAUGAAGCAUAUGCUCGAGAAUGGACACGAAAACAUGCUAUGUAA